GGCCAGGGAAAACAGCAAGCUCCUUUCUUUAUUAGGGUUUUAUUUGUAGUACAGUACAUCUCAACUAUUUGUGUUGUGUUUCAGAAUCCUCACCAGACCAUCAUUCACAUUUCUGCAGAGGUUGGUGAACAACUAAAGCAUCAUCAUGAGUGGGGACGCAGAAAUGGAGUGUUUCGGCCCGGCAGCCAUAUACCUCCGUAAGCCCGAAAAAGAGAGAAUUGAAGCCCAGACUACUCCCUUUGAUGCCAAGACAUCGUUCUUUGUGACGGAACCCCGCGAAAUGUACCUCAAAGGCAAACUGCUGAAAAGAGAGGGUGGUAAAGCCACCGUGGAAACGAUCUGUGGGAAGACUCUGACAGUCAAGGAGGACGAAAUCUUCCCCAUGAAUCCACCAAAGUAUGACAAGAUUGAGGACAUGGCCAUGAUGACCCACCUCAGCGAGCCUUCUGUGCUGUAUAACCUCAAAGAGCGCUAUGCAGCAUGGAUGAUCUAUACCUACUCCGGGUUGUUCUGCGUCACUGUGAACCCUUACAAGUGGCUCCCAGUGUACGACUCAAAGGUCGUAGCGGGAUACAGAGGCAAAAAGAGGAUUGAGGCUCCACCCCACAUCUUCUCCAUCUCUGAUAAUGCCUAUCAGUUCAUGCUCCAAGACCGGGAAAAUCAGUCAGUCCUCAUCACUGGAGAAUCGGGUGCAGGAAAGACUGUGAACACCAAACGUGUCAUCCAGUACUUUGCGACAAUCGCAGUGGCUGGAGGAAAGAAAGCAGAACAAUCUGCCAGCAAAAUGCAGGGAUCACUGGAAGAUCAAAUCAUUGCCGCUAAUCCCUUGCUGGAGGCUUAUGGUAAUGCCAAAACUGUGAGGAAUGACAACUCCUCCCGCUUUGGUAAAUUCAUCAGAAUUCACUUUGGCACGACGGGAAAGCUGGCUUCAGCAGAUAUUGAAACUUAUCUGCUGGAGAAGUCCCGUGUCACCUUCCAGCUGUCGGCUGAGAGGAGCUACCACAUCUUCUAUCAGCUCAUGACCGGCCACAAACCAGAGCUACUUGAGGCUCUUCUCAUCACCACCAACCCUUACGACUAUCCCAUGAUCAGUCAGGGAGAAAUUCUUGUAAAGAGCAUCAAUGACAUUGAGGAGUUUAUUGCUACUGAUACCGCCAUUGACAUCCUGGGCUUUACUGCUGAGGAGAAAGUCAGCAUGUACAAGCUGACUGGAGCUGUGAUGCAACAUGGUAACAUGAAGUUCAAGCAGAAGCAGCGUGAAGAGCAAGCUGAGCCAGACGGCACUGAGAUGGCUGAUAAAAUCUCCUACCUCAUGGGCCUGAACUCUGCUGACCUUCUGAAAGCUCUGUGCUACCCGAGGGUCAAAGUUGGAAACGAGUUUGUGACUAAGAGUCAGACUGUGCCUCAGGUAAACAACUCUGUCAGUGCCCUCUGCAAAUCUGUCUAUGAGAAAAUGUUCUUGUGGAUGGUGAUCAGAAUCAAUGAGAUGCUGGACACCAGGCAGCCCAGAAGCUACUUCAUCGGUGUCCUGGAUAUUGCUGGAUUUGAGAUUUUUGAUUACAACAGCUUGGAGCAGCUCUGCAUCAACUUCACCAAUGAGAAACUGCAACAGUUCUUCAACCACCACAUGUUUGUCCUGGAGCAAGAAGAGUACAAGAAAGAAGGAAUCGAAUGGGAGUUCAUUGAUUUUGGCAUGGACUUGGCUGCCUGCAUAGAGCUUAUAGAGAAGCCAAUGGGCAUUUUCUCCAUCCUUGAAGAGGAGUGCAUGUUCCCCAAGGCUUCAGACACAACCUUCAAGAACAAACUGUAUGACCAGCAUCUUGGUAAGAACAAGUCCUUCGAGAAGCCGAAGCCAACCAAAGGCAAGGCUGAGGCCCACUUCUCCUUGGUGCACUAUGCUGGCACUGUGGACUACAACAUUACCGGCUGGCUGGACAAGAACAAAGACCCCUUGAACGACUCAGUUGUUCAGCUCUACCAGAAGUCCUCCAUCAAGCUCCUGGUCUACCUGUAUGCAUCCCACGCCUUAGCAGAAGGUAGGAUGUACUAUUUUUUAGAAGGAAAACGUUUUACUAAUAACAUUGUAAUUGCACCGACAGCUGAGAGUGCAGGCGCAAAGAAAGGUGGCAAGAAGAAGGGGGGCUCCUUCCAAACGGUGUCUGCAUUGUUCAGAGAGAAUCUAGGCAAACUGAUGACAAACUUAAGGUGCACACAUCCUCACUUUGUGCGCUGCCUGAUUCCCAACGAAUCCAAAACGCCAGGUCUUAUGGAGAACUUCUUGGUCAUCCACCAGCUGCGUUGUAAUGGUGUGCUGGAAGGCAUCAGAAUCUGCAGGAAAGGUUUCCCCAGCAGAAUCCUCUAUGGUGACUUUAAGCAGAGAUACAAAGUAUUGAAUGCUAGCGUCAUCCCUGAGGGUCAGUUUAUUGAUAAUAAAAAGGCCUCAGAGAAACUACUGGGAUCCAUCAAUGUGGAUCACACACAGUACAAGUUUGGCCAUACCAAGGUAUUCUUCAAAGCCGGCCUACUGGGUACACUAGAAGAGAUGAGAGAUGAGAAACUGGCUGAGUUGGUCACAAUGACUCAGGCUCUGUGCAGAGGCUACCUUAUGAGACGAGAGUUUGUCAAGAUGAUGGAAAGGAGAGAAGCCAUUUACUCCAUCCAGUACAACAUCCGCUCAUUCAUGAAUGUUAAAACAUGGCCAUGGAUGAAGCUGUACUUCAAGAUUAAGCCUCUGCUAAAGAGUGCAGAGACUGAAAAGGAGAUGGCACAAAUGAAAGAAGACUUUGAAAAAACCAAGGAGGACCUUGUAAAGGCUUUGGCUAAGAAGAAAGAGCUGGAGGAAAAGAUGGUUUCUCUCCUGCAGGAGAAGAAUGACCUCACAUUGCAAGUGCAAUCUGAUGGUGAGAACCUUGCUGAUGCUGAAGAAAGGUGUGAGGGGCUAAUCAAAGCCAAAAUCCAGCUGGAGGCCAAACUGAAAGAGACAACAGAGAGGCUAGAGGAUGAGGAGGAAAUCAACGCUGAGUUGACAGCCAAAAAGAGGAAGCUGGAGGAUGAGUGCUCUGAGCUGAAGAAAGACAUUGAUGACUUGGAGCUUACUCUGGCUAAAGUAGAGAAAGAGAAACAUGCCACUGAGAACAAGGUAAAAAACCUGACAGAGGAGAUGGCCUCUCAAGAUGAGACCAUCGCCAAGUUGACUAAAGAAAAGAAAGCCCUCCAAGAGGCCCAUCAGCAGACCCUGGAUGAUCUUCAAGCAGAGGAAGACAAAGUCAACACUCUGACCAAGGCCAAGACAAAGCUGGAACAGCAAGUCGAUGAUCUUGAAGGAUCCCUGGAACAAGAAAAGAAGCUCCGUAUGGAUCUUGAACGAGCUAAAAGGAAGCUGGAAGGAGAUCUGAAGCUGGCUCAGGAAUCUCUAAUGGAUCUGGAAAAUGACAAGCAGCAGUCUGAUGAGAAAAUAAAGAAAAAGGACUUUGAGAUCAGCCAAAUACUGAGUAGGAUAGAGGAUGAGCAAACUCUAGGAAUUCAACUACAGAAAAAGAUAAAAGAACUUCAGGCUCGCAUUGAGGAGUUGGAGGAGGAGAUUGAAGCUGAGCGUGCUGCUCGGGCCAAGGUUGAGAAGCAGAGGUCUGAUCUCUCCAGGGAACUUGAGGAGAUCAGCGAGCGACUUGAAGAGGCCGGUGGGGCCACUUCUGCUCAGAUCGAGAUGAACAAGAAGCGUGAGGCUGAGUUCCAGAAGCUGCGUCGUGACCUGGAAGAGUCCACCCUGCAGCACGAGGCCACCGCUGCUGCUCUUCGCAAGAAGCAGGCUGACAGCGUGGCAGAACUUGGCGAGCAGAUUGACAACCUUCAGCGUGUCAAGCAGAAGCUGGAGAAGGAGAAGAGUGAAUACAAGAUGGAGAUUGACGACCUCAGCAGCAACAUGGAGUCCAUUGUUAAAUCAAAGAUCAACCUUGAAAAGAUGUGCAGGACAUUGGAGGAUCAACUGAGUGAGCUAAAGUCCAAGAAUGAUGAAAAUGUCCGUCAACUAAAUGACAUUAGCAUACAAAAAGCAAGAUUUCAGACUGAGAAUGGUGAAUUUACACGUCAGCUGGAGGAAAAAGAAGCCCUGGUGUCUCAGCUCACAAGAGGCAAGCAGGGUUACACCCAGCAGAUUGAAGAGCUCAAGAGACACAUUGAGGAGGAAGUUAAGGCAAAGAACGCCCUGGCCCACGCUGUCCAGUCUGCUCGUCAUGACUGUGACCUGCUCAGAGAGCAGUAUGAAGAGGAACAGGAGGCCAAGGCUGAGCUGCAGCGAUCCAUGUCCAAGGCCAACAGUGAGGUUGCUCAGUGGAGAACUAAAUACGAGACUGAUGCCAUUCAGCGCACUGAGGAGCUUGAGGAGGCAAAGAAAAAGCUUGCCCAGCGUCUCCAGGAUGCAGAGGAGUCCAUUGAGGCAGUGAACUCGAAGUGUGCCUCUCUGGAAAAGACCAAACAGAGGCUGCAGGGUGAAGUGGAAGAUCUGAUGAUCGACGUGGAGAGAGCCAACGCUCUGGCUGCCAACCUCGACAAAAAGCAGAGGAACUUUGACAAGGUUCUUGCCGAGUGGAAGCAGAAAUAUGAGGAAAGCCAGGCAGAGUUGGAAGGAGCGCUGAAGGAGGCCCGCUCACUCAGCACGGAAAUGUUCAAACUGAAGAAUUCCUAUGAGGAAGCUCUGGAUCACCUGGAGACCCUCAAGAGGGAGAACAAGAACCUGCAACAGGAGAUUUCUGAUCUAAGCGAGCAACUUGGAGAGACUGGAAAGACGAUCCAUGAGCUGGAGAAGGGAAAGAAGACGGUGGAAAGCGAGAAGUCUGAAAUUCAGACAGCUCUGGAAGAAGCAGAGGCUACUCUGGAGCACGAGGAGUCCAAGAUUCUUCGUGUUCAACUUGAACUAACUCAAGUCAAGAGUGAGAUCGACAGAAAGCUUGCAGAGAAAGAUGAGGAGAUAGAGCAGAUAAAGAGGAACAGUCAGCGUGUGAUUGAGUCCAUGCAGAGCACUUUAGAUGCUGAGGUCAGGAGCAGGAACGAUGCCCUGAGAAUUAAAAAGAAGAUGGAGGGAGACCUGAAUGAGAUGGAGAUUCAGCUGAGCCAUGCCAACCGGCAGGCAGCUGAAGCACAGAAACAACUGAGAAAUGUUCAGGGACAACUAAAGGAUGCCCAGCUUCAUCUCGAUGAAGCUCUCAGAGGUCAAGAGGACAUGAAGGAGCAGGUUGCCAUGGUGGAGCGCAGGAACAACCUGAUGCUGGCUGAGAUCGAAGAGCUGAGAGCUGCUCUGGAGCAGACAGAGAGAGGCCGCAAAGUGGCUGAACAGGAGUUGGUUGAUGCCAGUGAGCGUGUUGGUCUGCUUCACUCGCAGAAUACCAGCCUUAUCAACACCAAGAAGAAGCUGGAGACUGAUCUUGUCCAGAUCCAGGGUGAAGUGGAGGAUUCUGUGCAGGAAUCAAGAAAUGCUGAGGAAAAGGCCAAGAAGGCCAUCACUGAUGCUGCCAUGAUGGCAGAGGAGCUGAAGAAGGAACAGGACACCAGCGCUCAUUUGGAGAGGAUGAAAAAGAACCUGGAGAUAACUGUCAAAGAUCUGCAGCACCGCCUAGAUGAGGCUGAGAAUUUGGCCAUGAAGGGAGGCAAGAAACAGCUUCAGAAACUGGAGGCUCGGGUGCGGGAGCUUGAGGCCGAGGUGGAAGCUGAGCAGAGGAGAGGAUCAGAUGCCAUCAAAGGCAUUCGUAAAUAUGAGAGAAGAGUAAAGGAGCUCUCUUAUCAGACUGAGGAGGACAAGAAAAACGGCAGCAGACUCCAGGAUCUUGUAGACAAGCUGCAGCUGAAGGUUAAAGCCUACAAGAGGCAAUCUGAGGAGGCUGAGGAGCAGGCCAACACUCACAUGUCCAGGCUCAGGAAGGUCCAACAUGAGCUAGAAGAAGCUCAGGAGCGAGCUGACAUUGCAGAAUCCCAGGUCAACAAGCUGAGGGCCAAAAGUCGGGAAAUCGGAAAAACAAAAGAUGCCGAAGAAUGAGCUGCAACUUCACAGAGACCCAAAGAAAAUCAUAAAAUAUGAUUUUUUAUUGGAACGCUCUCACAAUACCGUGUAGAUGUACAUUAAAUAAAUAUAUUUGGAC